AUGCAAACAGCUGCAGACAAGCACAUACUGUCCGACAGAGCAAAGCAUGCUAUUGUCCACGAUGCAAUGCGUUUGGCUUUUUUGGGAAUAUUGAAGACCUUUUUCCGAGAGAUCGAAACCAAUGGCACUCAUUUGGUGCCUUCCUAUGGCCCAUGCAUAUUCAUUGUUGCCCCACAUGCCAAUCAGUUUGUCGAUCCAAUGUUAGUCAGUGCCAGCAAUCCACGACGAUACUAUAGCUUAGUGGCGCAAAAAUCUUACGACCUGAAAAUGGUUGGCACAGUAGCGAAACUGCAACGUUCAAUUCCUGUCAUUCGACCGCAGGAUCUCGUAUAUACUGGCAAGGGUACAAUCUUUUUAGAUUCAUUUGAUCCAACGUUGGUGCGGGGCAACUUUACAUUGUUCACAAAACAGCUUGCACCACGAUACUUUUUAAUUUUAUCCAAAACGAUCAAGCUGGAGGUAGUGGAGGUGGUUUCAGAUACUGCUAUUCGCAUACGGCAAAAAGUGGACGACCAGCCAACAUUGAUGGCGCUGAAGGAUGGAGGAGGCAUUCGAUACAAGAUCAUGCCAUAUGUCGAUCAAAAGGCGCUAUACGAAAGAGUAAACCAAAAGCUUAGUGAUGGAGAGUGCAUCACCAUUUUCCCGGAGGGAGGUAGCCAUGAUAGAACCGAGUUGUUACCGCUGAAAGCGGGAUUCGCCAUAAUGGGUUUAGGUGCUAUGGCUAAUGAUCCGGAUAUUGAUGUGAAAAUUAUACCAGUUGGCUUGAAUUACUUCCACCCCGACCAGUUCCGAUCCAGAGCCGUCAUUUCCUACGGUGUGCCGAUCACUAUACCUCGAUCUGAAGUAGAGAAAUACAAAGCUGGUGGUAUUCAAAAGCAUGAGGCUAUAUCUAACCUGAUUAAAGUUGGACAAGAGGCUUUGAGGACUGUCACUGUGAACUCGCCGGAUUAUGAAACCUUGCGGGUAAUUCAAGCGGCACGAAGGCUCUAUCGCCCGGUUCAUCACAAAUUGAGUAUCUCUCAAGUGGUUGAUUUGAACCGACGCUUUAUGAAUGGCUUCUCGGACUACAAAGACAAGCCAGAACUACAAAAACUACUGCAGCAAGUCAGAGAUUAUAAUCAGACGCUGCUUCAAUUCGGCAUUCGCGAUCAUCAAGUCGAGAGACUAAAUCUCACACCUUUGCAAGCUACAAAGCUAUUGGUGACUCGAGUAUUCAAGCUGUUCUCUUUCGCCGUUUUGGCCAUUCCUUCAGCAAUCUUAAACUUGCCGAUUAUAGCUCUCUGCAAAUAUAUCAGUCACAGAAAACAAAAGAGUGCCCUCGCAGGAUCGAGUGUCAAAAUAUUGGGAAAGGAUGUGGUUGCCACCUGGAAAAUCAUUGUAGCAUGCUUCGCUACACCUACGUUAUAUGCUGCAUAUUCAUUGCUUUAUUUCGUACACCUUGGAAAACACUACCCUGCCAUGUCCCGUCGACGCCGAACGAUAAGAGCACUUAUCAGUUGGGCCAUCCAACCCAUUCUGAACUAUUCACUGAUGCGUUGCGGAGAGACAGGAAUAGCAACGUACAGAUCCAUCAAGCCACUAUUUUUGGCUAUUACUGAUCCAAAUGCCUCCAAGCGAAUCAAAGAGAUGCGUGUGGUUCUGAGCAAAGAUAUUACCGACUAUGUACAAAGUCAAGGAUCAACGGUGUCGCUUGACAUAUCGUCAGUAAAACAGCGAAGUCGUGUGCCAGAAAAGAAACAACCCCCCAAGCCGUUUGUCGAUACAUUGCAGAAUCAUCACAUGGAAUGGCUUGAUGAUAGUACCAUUUUUAAUUGGAGAGGAGAUCAACCAGACAUGGACUCUGACGAUGAUGUAUUUGAAAUAUUUGAAAAGAGGCGCGCAGUCAAGCUAGAACCUUCAGCUCUCGGGCGAUUUGCCCCCAUGUCGCCAACUGAUUUGUCACCAGUACAGUCAGAUCAAGCGCCAAUGCAGUCAAAUCAAACUCCAGCGCACCCGCUUGCACAACCAAUGGUACCUGCCUCUGGCCGCAAACCGCGAACCAGAACCACAAGUCUUGGUGCCGGGCUAGCUGAAGGUUUCAAUGUUAAGCAUAUGUCAAAGCUUUCCAGAACCAAAUCAUUUCAGGAAAUCAGUGCUGCUUUAAGUACAAGCACACAACUGACGGAAGGUAGUCCGGUAGAAUCUCCUUUGACGGUCGUGUAACCACAUUUUGCCUCUAAAUAAUUGAUGUUAUAUAAAAAAAAAAAAAGUCAUAAAUGUGAUUACAAACAAACAUCUUUCUUUUUAUUUUGUUUGUUGCGUACGAUA